CGAAAAAAAAAAAAAAAACUUGCCGAACUCGUUUGCGGGAGGCACCACCGGGGCGGCUCCGCUCGAUGCGGCGGCGGGGCCGGCGCUGAGCCCCGCGGCCGGUGCCGAGCCCCGCGGAGCCAUGGCCAUGGUGGCCGGCGGAUGGGGAGAGCCCAACGGCGGCGGCGGCGGCGGCGGGGAGGAGGCGGCGUCCCCCGCGGGCGGCGGCAGCGACGCGGAGCACGGCGAGGAGGAGCGGGCCGGGGCCGCCGUGGACUGCGUGGUGUGCGGGGACAAGUCCAGCGGGAAGCACUACGGGGUCUUCACCUGCGAGGGCUGCAAGAGCUUCUUCAAGCGCAGCAUCCGCAGGAACCUCAGCUACACCUGCAGAUCCAACCGGGACUGCCAGAUCGACCAGCACCACCGCAACCAAUGCCAGUACUGCCGCCUCAAGAAGUGCUUCCGAGUGGGAAUGAGGAAGGAAGCCGUGCAGCGGGGCCGGAUCCCCCCGAGCCACUCCAGCACCAGCCCCAACACCAUCCCCAGCGGGGAAUACUUCAACGGGCAGCCGGUGUCGGAGCUCAUCUCGCAGCUGCUGCGGGCUGAGCCCUACCCGGCCGCCCGCUACGGCUCCCAGUACGCGCAGCAGGGCAGCGUGAUGGGCAUCGACAACAUCUGCGAGCUGGCCGCCCGCCUGCUCUUCAGCACCGUGGAGUGGGCCCGCAACAUCCCCUUCUUCCCGGAGCUGCCCGUGUCCGACCAAGUGGCGCUGCUGCGGCUCAGCUGGAGCGAGCUGUUCGUGCUGAACGCGGCGCAGUCGGCGCUGCCGCUCCACAUGGCCCCGCUGCUGGCGGCCGCCGGCUUCCACGCCUCGCCCAUGUCCGCCGACCGCGUCGUCUCCUUCAUGGACCAGAUCCGCAUCUUCCAGGACCAGGUGGAGAAGCUCAACCGGCUCCAGGUGGACUCGGCCGAGUACAGCUGCCUCAAAGCCAUCGCGCUCUUCACGCCCGACGCCUGCGGGCUGUCGGACCCGGCGCACGUGGAGGGGCUGCAGGAGAAGGCGCAGGUGGCCCUGACCGAGUACGUGCGCUCCCAGUACCCGUCGCAGCCGCAGCGCUUCGGGCGGCUGCUCCUGCGGCUGCCGGCGCUCCGGGCCGUGCCCGCCGCCCUCAUCUCCCAGCUCUUCUUCAUGAGGCUCGUGGGCAAGACGCCCAUCGAGACGCUAAUCAGGGACAUGCUGCUGUCCGGGAGCACCUUCAACUGGCCCUACGGGACGGGGCAGUAGGGACGGAGCGCGGGGGGGACGUCCCGGGAUCGCCCCCGGCAGCCGGACGCGGAUUCGUUCCCGCGGCGUCCCUGGGGUGGAACUGUGCUGGCCCUCGGCCCCAGAGCUCUGUCUGCCACAGGAGGGGGCCCUGCUCCCCGCAGGAGCUGUGGGGUCACGGUGGUGUCCCCAAAAAGCAGCGGGGGCGUGGCGUUGUCCCCCUGAAUCCGAAGGUACUCUCCGUGUCGCCGCCGUUGGACACCGGACUGUUCUGGACCCCGCGGAGCUUCCCGGCCCCCCCCCGGUUCCCCCCCCCCAGGGACUUUGGAGCAUCCCCAGGGCUGGUUCCUCUCCCCCCUGUGGAACUCGGAGCAUCCCAAGGGACCUCGGAGCACCCCCGGGGCUGGUCCCUCCCUCUGCCUCUGUGGUGGAGCCCCAGGGAAGGGGGAUCCCACCCCCUUCGCUCCUCCAAAUCCGGAUUUCAGGUGUCGGAAGGCUCAGGCAGGAAGGAGGUGGGAGAUGGGACCAGCCAGGCUGGGACCCCUGGCUCUGUCCCCCCCCCCGCUCCAAUCCUGGGAAUCGUGGAAAAAAGGGUCAUUUUAGAGCCCCUUUGUGCCCAGCAGGCCGGAUCCAGCCUCGAGGACUGAUGUGCUGAGCUUGGAGCAGCCCCGUUUUGGGGCUGGUCCCACCUCCCACUGAAGCAUCUCCGGCAUGAGGGGGCACCGGGAGGACACGGGGACAGAAUGGGGGGCGCAGGAGGGGCUGGGGGGGUUUUUUGGGGUGUGAACAGCACCCAGCCCUUCCCCCUGGGCUCAUUCCUGCUUUUCCCCCCCUCAGGCCAAACCCAGCACCCCCCCCCCUCCCCACAGCGGGGGUGCCAGCAGCCCCCUCCCCACGGUCCUGUGCCUCCCUGGGGGUUUUUUUAAGCCACAUUUGGGCGAGAAAGGAGAUUUUGGGGGACCAAAAUCAGGCUGGAAAGGGGUGAUGCUGGGGGGGGGGGGGUCCCCAGGGCUGGAGGGGGCACAUGGAAGCAGGGGGGGGUGGGCAGAGCCAGCCAGGAGGGAUCAGAGAGGGGUCCCCCCCCUCGGUGUGACAGACGGCGUCAGGAUUAGCCGGGAUUUGGCAUUUAGGUUGAUUCACUGAAAAUAUAAUCCUUGUUCAAUGAUACUAAACAAAUGAGUUAAGUCAAUAAAAGAUGUUUCUUACA